AUGAGUCAAGAUCUUUCAAAUCUAUCAGAUUUGUUGAACACAGAGAUGGUGGAAGUUUUUUCUGAUGAACGUGACAGUGAUUUUGAAGUGUCAACAGCGCUUUCACUGCUUCCUCAAGAUGCUUUAAGGCUCUCGAUACAAAACUGGCUGGAGGCGCACAGGCUGGAGGAUGUACCCAAGAUGACCUUGGAUGCUGAUACUCAGACAGAGGACAGCAAGCAAAGAGAUUCUGACACUCAGACAGAAGAUAUGGAUAAGUACACUGAAGCUAAACAGGCAAACAGUUAUGAGGAGUGGACCAAGCAGAAAACUUAUGGAGAGAAAACGAGUAUACAAAUACAACCGUAA